GUUAACUUUGCUAGUUAGAAUUUUAGUCACACAAUUUUAUUAUAAAAGAUACAAUAAAUAUUUUAAACGAAUUUGAACGAAUUUGGAAUUGAAGGCGUCUAAUCAUUUGGAGCAAGUUCAAUUUUGAAAGGAAACAAUCCACAGCAAAUUAAAUAAAGUGUGAAAAAGCAAAAGUUUACAAAAAAAAAAAUAGCUUAAUAAUCAGCAAGGCAGCAAAAAGAUCGAUAUGGAAGCACCAGAAUUCAAAGAUUUUGCCAAGUCUAUGGUGGAUUACAUUGCCGAAUAUUUGGAAAAUAUACGUGAUAGACGUGUUCUUCCUACUGUUGAACCCGGCUACCUGCGUCCGCUUAUACCUGAUAAUGCACCCCAGGAACCAGAGUCUUGGGAGGAUGUAAUGAAAGACGUCGAAAGAGUCAUAAUGCCAGGAGUUACGCAUUGGCAUAGCCCAAAGUUUCAUGCCUAUUUUCCUACUGCCAAUAGCUAUCCAGCCAUUGUGGCCGACAUGCUUAGCGGCGCCAUUGCUUGUAUUGGCUUCAGCUGGAUUGCAAGUCCAGCUUGCACUGAACUGGAAGUUGUUAUGUUAGAUUGGUUGGGCAAAAUGUUAAAUCUGCCUGAGGAAUUUCUGGCAUGUUCUGGUGGUAAGGGCGGUGGUGUUAUACAAGGAACAGCCAGCGAAGCAACUCUUGUUGCAUUGUUAAGUGCUAAGGCAAAGAAAAUCCAACAAGUAAAGAAAAUUCAUCCGGAUUGGGAUGACAAUACGAUAAUAUCUAAACUAGUUGGAUAUAGUUCAGAACAAGCUCAUUCUUCUGUGGAACGUGCUGGUUUACUUGGUGGUGUUAAAUUACGCUCGGUGCCAGCAGAUGAGAACAAUCGUUUACGUGGCUGCGCUUUGGAAGAUGCAAUUAAAAAAGACUUGGAUGAGGGUUUAAUACCAUUUUAUGCGGUCGUUACCUUGGGCACCACGAAUUCAUGUGCUUUCGAUUAUUUGAAUGAAUGCGGUCCAGUUGGUAACAAGUAUGAUGUUUGGAUUCAUGUUGAUGCAGCUUAUGCAGGCUCAGCUUUUAUUUGCCCAGAAUAUAGACAUUUAAUGAAUGGCAUUGAAACGGCUGACAGUUUUAAUUUCAAUCCACAUAAAUGGAUGUUGGUUAACUUUGAUUGUAGUGCAAUGUGGCUCAAAGAUCCCACAUGGGUCGUUAAUGCUUUCAAUGUUGAUCCAUUGUAUUUAAAGCAUGAUAUGCAAGGAUCUGCUCCAGAUUAUCGUCAUUGGCAAAUUCCUCUUGGGCGUAGGUUCCGUGCUUUGAAGUUAUGGUUUGUGAUGCGUUUAUAUGGCGUUGAAAAUCUACAAGCUCACAUUCGUCGUCAUUGCGGCUUUGCAAAACAAUUUGAACAAUUAUGUAAAGCAGAUGAACGUUUCGAAAUAGUUGGUGAAGUUAAUAUGGGCUUAGUCUGCUUCCGUUUGAAAGGCACUAAUGAAAUCAAUGAAGUCUUGUUGAAGAGAAUCAAUGGCCGCGGUAACAUUCAUAUGGUGCCAUCCAAAAUACGCGAUGUCUAUUUCUUACGCAUGGCUGUCUGCUCUAGGUUCUCUAAACCAGAAGAUAUUGAGUAUUCUUGGAAGGAGGUAAGCGCCGCUGCUGAUGAAGUUUUAAAGGAGAAAUAAAUGAUAUCCCAUCGAAGAUAUAAUAACAAAUAAUGCCACAUGAAUAUUACGAAAAGACUCAGAUUAUGGAACAGUAAACAUGAUUAGGGAACAAUUUAUUAAU